CAACAAACCUAUUCUUCUAAAGUGGAUGAUUAUGGUAUUCUCAGGACCAUAGGCGCAGGUGCGACUGCCUCUGUUUAUUCAGCCAUCUAUAAGCCAACACAGUCAAUGAUCGCCAUCAAGACUGUUAAUUUGGAAGACAACCAUUUAGACGAUUCAAGAUUGGAAGCAUUAAGAAAAGAGAUUCAAAUCAUGAACCUAUGCAAACACCCACAUUUACUUCAAGUCUAUCAAAGCUUUGUUCAUAGUUCCCAAUUGUAUAUUGUUACACCAAUCAUGUCAGCUGGUUCUUGUCAUGAUAUUCUUUUAAAAAACCGUUGCGUUGGUUUGAAAGAAAACAUUGUCUCAUGUAUUCUGAAACAAGUAGCACUAGGAUUAGAAUACCUUCAUAGUAAUGAAUUGAUUCACCGCGAUGUCAAAUCAGCCAAUCUCUUGAUCGACUGGGAGACGGGAACCGUCAAGCUGGCUGACUUUGGUGUCAGUAAUCACUUAUUCAAUUUGGCAGACUUGCCUAAAAAGAAUGAAACAUUUUUAUUACCCUUCCAUGCACCUCAACAUCAACAUCCCAAGAAAGCACGCCGAUCAUUUGUGGGUACUCCAUGCUGGAUGGCACCAGAGAUACUGCUGAACCAUGACUAUGAUGCAAAAAUAGACGUUUGGUCUCUUGGUAUCACUGCUAUCGAAUUAGCCAAGGGUAGACCACCUUACUCAGAGUAUGACCCGAUCACGAUAUUCACGAUGGUGAUUGAAGAUCCACCUCCAACCAUCACUCAUUGUGAGUACGAACCUUCUGCCUCCUUUAAGGAUUUUGUCCAACACAGUCUCCAAAAGGAUCCUAAUCAACGCUGCUCGAUUACUGAACUCCUCAGUCAAUCAUUCCUGAAGAAGGCU